AUGAACUGGCCUGCAACAGAACAAGAAUGCUAUGCUAUUAUAUUUGCAAUUGAAAAAUGGCACAAAUAUUUAGAUGGACGUUCAUUUAUAAUUGAAACGGAUCAUAAACCAUUAUUACCAUUUAACAUGAAAAAACAAUUAAAUUCGAAAUGUGAACGAUGGCGUUUGAAAUUACAACAAUAUCAAUUUACUAUACGAUAUAUCAAAGGAAAACAUAAUACAGUAGCAGAUUACUUAUCUCGUUCACCUGCAGACAAUGCAUCAAACGAUGAAGAUGAUUAUGUUCCAACAAAAUCCCGAGCAACACAAACAGAAUAUGAUACAAUCAAACCAGUUAUAGCAUCUGUCAUUACUCGAGCACAAGCAAAACAGCAACAACAGAAUGAGAGGAAUGAUCGUCGAUUGAAUGAUCGUUCCUGCAAUGAACAAUAA